UUUACUUCUUUAACUGAGAUGGACAAGAUAUAAUCUCCAUUGAGUCAAAGAAUGGCAUCUAGUCCUGUGCUUCCCACGGAAGAUGAACAGGUUUCCUUGGGCAUCGAUGAUCUCCAUAUUUCACUGCAAGCCGAGCAGGAAGACACUCAGAAGAAAACCUUCACCUGCUGGAUAAACUCACAGUUGGCAAAGCACUCUCCUCCUUCAGUUAUAUCAGACCUAUUUACGGACAUUAAACAGGGUCAUGUCCUCCUGGACCUGUUAGAAGUACUUUCAGGACAACAGUUGCCUCGGGAUAAAGGAACUAAUACAUUCCAGUGUAGAAUCAAUAUAGGACAUGCCCUGACAUUCCUAAAAAACCGAUCAAUCAAGCUAAUAAAUAUUCAUGUUGCUGAUAUUGUAGAUGGAAACCCAUCCAUUAUUCUUGGCCUAAUUUGGACAAUUAUACUGCACUUUCAUAUUGAGGAGCUUGCCCAGACUCUCUCUUGCCAUUACAAUCAGCCUUCCCUGGAUGAUGUGAGUGUGGUUGAUUCAUCUCCUACCUCAAGUCCUCCAGCUAAGAAAUGCUCCAAAGCUCGGGCAAGAUGGCAGAUGUCUGCGAAGAAUGCUCUUCUUUUGUGGGCUCAGGAACAAUGUGCCACGCAUGAGUCUGUCAGUGUGACAGAUUUUAAGUCGAGCUGGAGAAAUGGGAUGGCUUUUUUGGCCGUCAUUCAUGCCUUGCGACCAGACCUAAUUGACAUGAGGACUAUGAAGCAUAGAUCCAACAAAGACAAUCUGGAAGAGGCCUUCAGAAUUGCAGAACAAGAAUUAAAAAUCCCUAAAAUGCUGGAACCAGAAGAUGUGGAUGUUGUUAAUCCUGAUGAAAAGUCGAUCAUGACCUAUGUGGCACAGUUUCUGCAGUAUUCCAAGGAUGCAGUUGGGACUGGAGAUAAGGCUCAGGGAAAGGUGAAAGAUGCUAUGGUCUGGUUAACUCUGCAAGAGGAGAAACUACAGAAAGUGUUAAAGGAUUCAGAAAAUGAGACCUACUUUAAAAAGUAUCAGAGCCUGCUGUCCUUUAUGGAGUCAUUUGAUGAAGAAAAGAAAUUUUUUUUGGAUGUUCUGUCGAUGAAAAGGAAUCCGGAUAAGCUGGAUGAAGAUCAGUUACAGCUGAGAGAAGCCUGGGAUAGCCUCGAGUAUCAGAUUAAUGUGUGGAAAACACAGCUGAAUUACGCCUUGCCCCUCCCCCUCAAGGAGAUCGAAGCGUGGCUGCAGGAGGUAGAGCAGCUCACAGCUGAAGAUUUGCCAGCCUCCUGGGAUUACUCCGAAGCUAUGACUCUGACACAAAAGAAAAUUACUCUAUUCAAGAAUCUGAUGGAUAGAUUUGACUGUUAUUUGAACAUUCUCCUUACAUUUGAAAAUAGAGAUGAAAAACAUUUGCCAUUGGUACCACCUAACAAAUUGGAGGAAAUGAAAAGACGAAUCAACAACAUUUCGGGGGAAAAAUUCAUUCUACUUCUAGAAUUUCAUUACUAUAAGUUCUCAGUGCUUGGUUUGCUAGAUGAAGUGAAAUCAAAAUUGGACAUUUGGAACAUUAAAUACGGGAACAAAGACUCUGUGGAAUUACUGCUGAAAGACUGGCAUGAAUUUAUUGAAGAAAAAGAGUUCCUAGUUCAACUUGAUACUUCUUUUCAAAAAUGUGAAGAAAUUUAUAAGAAUUUGGCUGGAGAAUGUCAGAAUAUUAGGAAACAAUAUAUGAUGGUGAAAUAUAAUGUUUGUAUGUAUAGAAAAAAUAUAUACAAUGCGAAGACCACUCUACAAGAAGUUCUGACUUGUUGGGCUGCUUAUGUGGAAAACCUUCGCUUACUAAAGGCUUGUUUUGAGGAGACAAAGAAGGAACAAAUUAAAGAGGUUCCCUUUGAGACACUAUCCCAAUGGAAUCUAGAACAUACGACUUUAAAUGAAGCAGGAAAUUUCCUAAUUGAAGUUAGCAAUGAUGCAGUUGGAUCUUCUAUUUCUAAAGAACUGAGAAGACUGAAUAAAAGAUGGAGAAAGCUUAUUUCAAAAACUCAGCUUGAAAUGAAACUACCACUUGUAAAAAAACAAGAUCAGCCCAUUUUUGACAAUUCUGGAAAUAUUGUAUCUAAAGAAGAAAAACCAACUGUUGACUUUUUGGUAGAUAUGUCAAUAGAACUUCCUGAAUAUCACUAUCAGAAUAUAAAGGCUGGGGAAGAACAUGAAAAAGAACAUGAAGAAUUCAUAGGGCAACUAAAAGUUGCUGAAGAGGUUGAAAAACUCAUUGGACAAGUAGAAAUCUGGGAGGCAGAAACCAAAUCUGUUUUGGAUCUUCUGAAACAUAAAGAUGAUGUGGAUACCUCAAUGGAAGAAUCUUUGCAGCAUCUUAUUGCCAAAGGCUCUAUGUAUGAUGAGCUUAUGGCUAGAGCGGAGGAUACUUUACAAAUGGAUAUACAAAGUAUUUCAAGCCAAGAGUCCCUCCAACGUGUUAUCAAGGGUGGGCUUCAGACAAAGAUUCAAGAAGCUAAAGAGAAAGUCCAGAUCAAUGUAGUAAAACUUGUUGCAGUGUUGAAGAGCUCAACUGACAUUUCUCCAGAAGUGGAUGUCAGGCUGAAGAUGGAAGAAUCACUGAAGGAAGUUGAAUCAUACAUCACGAGGGCUGAGCAGUUACUCAGGCAGAGAGAGAACCCUGGUGGACUCAUUUCAAAAUAUAAGGAGGCACUAAUAAUUUCUAAUACUAAAAGUCUGACCAAGUAUUUGAAAGCUGUUGAAGAGCUAAAAAAUAAUGCAACUGAGGAUGUAAGGCUAUCUUUGGAAGAAAAGAGUAGCGCUAUCUGUGCCAAGUGGGAGUCUCUUCAUCAUGAACUGUCUUUGUAUAUUCAACAACUAAAAAUAGAUAUUGAAAAAGGAAAGCUUAGUGACAAUAUUUCAAAACUUGAAAAGCAAGUAAAUAAAGAAAAGAAACUUAUUCGUAGAGGAAGGACCAAGGGUCUCAUCAAAGAACAUGAGGCUUGCUUUUCUGAGGACGGCAUUCGGUACCAGCUUAAUCACCACAUGGAUGUCCUGCGGGAGCUGUGUAAAGAGCUGACUUCACAGAAGAGUCAGCAAGAAGUGCAGAGAGUACUCAAAGAUUAUGAACAAAAGAUAGAACGACUUCUGAAAUGUGCUUCCGAGAUUCACACGGCGUUGCAGCCCACGAUGGGAGGCACGUCGAAAAACGAGGGGACCACGACCACAUCAGAGAACAGAGGAAGGGAUUUCCACAGUGAGGGGCCAUUUGCAAAAUCAGAUCACCAGCCAUCAACCGAAAAGGCAAUGGAACCAAUUACGAAUUUUAACCUGGCAUCAGAGUUAAAGCCUCAACAAGAAGAAAGCAUUACAGAGAAGGAUGAGAAGGAUCACAGUGCAUCUGUAAAUACUUUACUAGAGAGGUAUGAUACACACAAAGAGAUUCUUGAAUUACACCUACAAAACAACACAUUCAGAAUUACUUCUGAUUUCUCUACUGAAAAGGAAAGGAGUAGUUCUUGUCUGCAGGAUAAAAUGACAGAUCUAAUGGUCUUAAAAAAUGAAACUGAUGCUUGCUGGAAAGAGUUUGAAAUCACUUCAUUGAAGUUAGAAAAUCUUGUGAGUGACGAAAAGAAGCCUUUUAUAGUUAAAGACAGAGAGAGAUUAAAGGGAAAGGAAAGAGAGCUUCAGAUGACACUUAAUGCCAGAAUGGAGUCUUUAGAGACAGCACUACAGAUUGUGUUACCUGUGGAGAAAGAAUCGCUCCUCCUCUGUGGCUUGGACCUGCCCCUGCAGGAAAUGACCAUCCAGGAAUUUUAUCUCAUUGAUGCUGAUGGCAUUUAUCAAAACCUGAGGAAUAUCCAAAAUUCCACAGCAAAGCAGAUUGAAAUAUGUAACAAUUUAGAAGAAUCUGGCAACUUUGUAUUGAAGAAAUUACACCCAUUCGAUCUACAUGCAAUGCAGAAUAUUAUACUGAAAUGCAAAACACGACUGGAAGAAAUGAACCACAAGGUGCAGACAAUUGGAGAUGCCCUCAAAGCUCUGGAAGAUUUUUUGGCAUCUCUCAGAAUGUCUAAACUCCCUGUUGAGCUUGUUACAGGCCGUUCUGCCUCGGAUACACAGGCGACAUCAGAAAGUACUUUGACAGUAAAAAAUAAAGAGGAAGAAAUUCGUCUGAUGAAAGACAAUGCCAGACAUUUGGAUGAACGUUUGAAGAAGCUUGAUAUGAGCUUGAAAGAUGCUGAACGGGGUGAAGACACCUCCUGUGAAAAACUUUUUGAUGCUGUGUCAGUACAGUUAUUUGAGAUAUGUGGCUAUGGUGUGCAGGAGGAGCUCACUGAGGAAAACAAGUUACUAGAGGCUUGUAUUUUCAAAAAUAAUGAACUCCUUAAAAAUAUUCAAGAUGUGCAGAAUCAAAUCAGUAAAAUUGGUCUUAAGGAUCCUACUGUUCCAGCUGUGAAACAUCGGAAAAAAUUACUAAUCCAACUGGAUAAGGAUCUGGAUGAAUAUGAAGAAGAGAAGAAACAUUUACAAGAAAUGGCUAAUUCUCUUCCACAAUUCAAAGAUGGCAGAGAAAAAACCUUGACUCAACAGUGCCACAAUACAGUCCUCCUGUGGGAGAACACAAAAGCUUUGGUCACCGAAUGUCUUGAACAAUGUGGAAGAGUUUUGGAGCUCUUAAAACAAUAUCAGAAUUUUAAAAGUGUCUUGACAACUUUGAUUCAGAAAGAAGAGAAUGUCAUCUCCCUGCAGGCUUCAUACAUGGGAAAGGACAACCUGAAGAAAAGGAUAGCAGAGAUUGAAGUUGUCAAAGAGGAAUUUAAUGAACAUUCAGAAGUUAUAGACAAGAUAAACCAGAUCUGCAAAAAUCUACAAUUUCAUCUAAAUAAAAUGAAAACUUUUGAAGAAUCCCCUUUUGAGAAAGAGGCUAAUAUUAUUGUGGAUAGAUGGCUUGACGAAGAGUUACAAGUCCAUGAACAAAAAACUUCAGAAUUUUCUGGAAGACUGGCUGAAAUACAGUUUCUGCUUCAAAGUAGUGAAAUACCUCUUGAAUUGCAGGUCAUGGAGUCCUCAAUUUCAAACAAGAUGGAACAAGUAAAAAAGUGUUUAACAGGAGAAUCCAACUGCUCUGCACUCAGUGGCAGCACCGCCGAGCUAAGGGAGGAUCUUGACCAAGCCAAGACCCAAAUUGGGAUGACCGAAUCCCUCUUAAAAGCCCUGUCUCCUUCCGACAGCUUGGAGAUCUUCACUAAACUAGAGGAGAUACAACAGCAAAUUCUACAGCAAAAGCACAGUAUGACAUUACUUGAGAAUCAAAUAGGUUGUCUGACUCCUGAACUCUCUGAAUUGAAAAAGCAGUAUGAAAGUGUCAGUGAUUUAUUUAAUACCAAAAAAAGUGUUUUGCAAGAUCACUUUUCUAAGUUAUUGAGUGAUCAAUGCAAGAACUUUAAUGACUGGUUCAGCAACAUAAAAAUGAACCUUAAGGAGUGUUUUGAAUCAUCAGUGACAAAAAAGAAUGUGGAACAGAAGCUACAGAAACUUUCUGAUUUCUUGAUCCUUGAAGGAAGAAGCAGCAAAAUACAGCAGGUGGACACUGUACUGAAGCACGUGAAGAAGCAUCUGCCCAAAGCACAUGUUAAAGAGCUGACCAGCUGGCUUGCAGGUCAAGAAUUUGAAUUAGGAAAAAUGGAGUCCAUAUGCCAGUCACGAGCAAAGGAGCUCGAUGACUGUCUGCAGCAGCUGCUGAGACUCCAGGAUGACCACAGAAACCUGAGUAAGUGGUUGACUAAUCAGGAAGAAAAAUGGAAAGAAAUGGAAGAAUCAGGAGAGAAAGCUGAGCUAUUUUGCCAAGCUUUCGCUAGAAAGAGGGAACAAUUUGAAUCUUUGGCCCAGUUGAACAACUCUUUGAAGGAAUAUGGGCUUACUGGUGAAGAAGUAAUAACGGAAUCAACGUGUUUGAUUGAUAGAUACCAGACAUUAUUGAGAGAUUUAAGUGAAAUUGAGGAAGAGGAUAAGCUACCACCUGCUGAGGACCAGAGCUUUAAUGAUCUUGCAGAUGAUGUAAUUCACUGGAUAAGAGAGAUUAAAGAGUCCCUUAUGGUUUUGAAUUCAUCCGAAGGCAAAAUGCCACUUGAGGAAAGAAUCCAAAAAAUAAAGGAUUCCGUGCAAAAGUUGGAAGGCCAUGUUCAAGAACACCACUCAUACCAGGUCUGCGUCACAGACCUGAAUACCACAUUGGACAAUUUCUCCAAGGAACUUGUUAGUUUUUCCAGUAAGCCUGUGGAUCAAACAGCAGUUGAGGAAAAAUUGCAGAAACUACAGGAACUAGAGAAUAGACUCAGUGUACAAGAUGGCAUGUUAAAGGAGAUUUUAGCUUUAGCAAAAUCCAUCAAGCAAAAUACAUCUUCAGUAGGACAGAAGAUUAUUAAGGAUGAUAUAAAAUCACUUAAGUGUAAACAAAAAGGUUUGGAAAACAGACUCGAAUCUGCUAAGCAGGAGAUGGAAAAUUAUCUCAAAAGCAUUCUCAAAUCAGAAUGCUCAACAGAAAAGAAAGAAAAGUUUACGCUGCCAGACGGAGAGAAGCAGACCACUUCUGAUGUUCAGGAGUCUAUUCAGGAAUCAGGUGCAGUGGAAAAGUUGGAGGAAGACUGGGAAAUAAACAAGAAUUCAGCUGUGGAAAUGGUUAUGUCAAAACAACUUUCUCUUGAUGUUCAAGAAAGCAUGAAAAACACUGAAGAUGAGCAGAAAGUCAAUGAGCUGCAAAAUCAACCUUUAGAAUUAGAUAUUAUGUUAAGAAAUGAACAAUUAAAAGAGAUAGAGGAAUUAUGUUCCCAGUUGGAAGCAAAGAAAGCAGCCAUUGAACCACUGGAACAAACUGAAUGUCUCAAGCAAACAGAAACAAGUGCCUCAGUUUUCUACAAUACAAGAUAUUCAGCACACCACUUGGACAAUCUGCUUCAGGCACUUAAUACUUUAAAGCAAAAUAGAGAAAUCCAAUAUUGUCUCCUUAAAGAUUUUCAGGAACACCUCGCUGCAGUUGAAUCCUCAAUGAAAGCCUUGUUGACAGAAAAGGAAAGUCUAAAAGUGGGACCACUGGAUAGUAUAACAUAUCUGGACAAAAUUAAAAAGUUGUUGUCAUCCAUAGAAAAAGAGAAAGGUUCUUUAAGCAAGCUGAAAAUUGAAUGGGAGAAUUUAUCAAACCAUGCAACAGACCUGGAUAAGCAGAUGUUGGAAAGCCAGAUUAAGCAACUUGAACGUAGUUGGGAACUGGUGGAACAACUGGUUCAAAAGAAGUAUUCUCAGCAAGCAGUAGAAUAUGAUGAAUUUAUGUCCCUCAUGAAUAAGAUGCAAGACGUUGAGAGUUCACUGCAGCAACAGCAGCAAUGUCUACAGUUAAGGCUGAACUCGCCAGAACCGAAGGGGAACCAAAGCAUGAUUGCCUUGGCCACUCAACUCGAGGCUACCAAGCAUAGAUUUUCUGUUUUAAAGGGGAAAGCUGAACUUCAGAUGAAGAGGAUUUGGGGAGAAACAGAAAAGAAGAUUUUAGAGGAUACAAUAAAUAAUUUGAAGAAGCAAUUAGAAGCAUUGAAUCCAUUAAACCUAGAGGUAGAAAAUCAGAUUGAGAAGUGUGACAUUAGGAACAAAGUAAAGGAAAGCAUGUUAUGGAUCAAGAAUCUGUUGAGUGAACUUGUUACCCCCAUUUCCCUUCUCCCAGAUGACAUUCUUUCACAGAUCAGAAAAUGCAAGGUGACACAUGAUGUCAUUCUGGAGAGGCAGCAGGCUGUGGAAUUGUUGGUUGAAGAGGUCAAAGGUAACGUUCCUAGCCUAACAGCAUAUGAGGGCAAUGAUUUAAAUAAUCUGGUGGAAGACUUACAGAAGCAAUACCAAAUGCUGGUUUUAAAAUCAACCCAAAGAUCACAGCAAUUAGAACUUAAAUUGGAGGAAAGAAGCCAAUUUUUUGCAAUAAUAACAAAGGUUCAACUUGCACUUGAAGGAAAGGAAACACCAAUAAUUCCCAAGGUGGAAACAGCCUCCACAGAAGCUGAACUAGAACAUCACCAUGUCGCUUUGAAGGCAUCUCAGAAGGAAUUGCAAGAAAUUGAGAGUGUCAUCUCAAUGCAUCUUCAGAAACUAAAAAACAUCUAUGAGGAUCUGAGUGUGUUUGAAAGAUUAUUUCUGGAUGAUCAACUGAAAAAUCUUAAUACUAGAGCCAACAGAACACAAAGAUUCCUUCAGAAUAAAUGUAAAGAAAUAGAAAACAAGGUAAAUUUUUAUAGAGAAUUCCAUGAAAGAACAUCUAUGCUUCAGAAGGAGAAUGCCUUGAAUGAUGCUUAUGGAAAUUUAAUAUGCUAUGAAAAAGAGGUCACCAGGGCAUUGGAGAUCAUCACUUCCCUUGAAGCCAUCAUCGCAUCCCAUAGAGUAGACCUUGAUAAUCCAGAAGAAUCACUAGAAAUGCCUCUUAGGAAACAAGAGGAAUUGGAAUCCACAACAGCAGACAUCCAGGACCUGACUGAGAAAUUGGGAGCUAUAUCCAGCCCUGAAGCCAAACUACAGCUUCAGUGGAAAAUUAAGCAGUUAGAAACAUUUCAGGCAGAACAUGACAAAUAUCAAGCAUCACUAAGUAAAAUCAGAGCUAUGGAUUUGCAAAUUAAGAAAAGGGCUGAAGAAGUACUAAAAGCUCCUGAUACUUCCCCAGAAUUUAAUCCACUCAAUGCUCAAAUUUUGAAUCAGAGAAUUGAGAAAGCCAAGUGCUUAUAUGAUGAAAUACUAAAGAACUUAAAUGAAAAUAAGGCCUUUGAUGACUCAUUCAAAGAGGAAGAAAUACUACAAAUAAAGCGAAAUGCAAAAGAAAAUGAUGAGUUACACAAGGCUCUCCAAAACAUGAUACUACACUUCCGGCCAAAAGAAAUGGAUAAAAAGAAUUUUCAGGACAAAUUAGAAAAUUCCAUACAUGUUUUAAAUCAGAUAAAAUCUCAAUUGCAGCAGCCUUUACUUAUAAAUUUGGAAAUUAAACAUAUUCAAAAUGAAAAGGAUAAUUGUGAAGCAUUUCAGGAACAAGCUCAGGCAGAAAUGUAUGGUAUUAAAGCUGUGACGCCUAUUGAGAAGCAAAGAGAAGAAGAAAACUCUUUUGAAGCCAGUGAUGUGGAGACAAAAUUACGUGACAUCGAAGACCUUCAAAUGCAGCUUAGCACAAGCAUUGAUUUGCGCACACUCAUUAGCAUGUUUAAGAAUGCAGUUUUCACUUUACUGAAGUAUCUCAAGAAUUACCAAUGCUAUAGAAAAAUUAAAGAGAAAAUUUGCACUAACCUCAGCAAAACGGAGGCAGUUAUUGCACAGUCCAUGUUCCCUUUGCCAGUGUCUUACAAAGAAGCUUUAGAGCGCUUGGAACAGAGCAAGGCCUUGGUGUCAAAUCUUAUAUCAAUCAAGGAAGAGUUAACGAAACUACGACAGGCCUUCAGACACUUGAGACCCCGGUGCACAGAAGACGACGGCGUGUGUUUGCUCAGAACUCUGUCGGUUCUGUGGGCGAAAUGGCUGGGCUUGCUGGAAGCUGCUAAAGAAUGGGAGAUGUGGUGCGAAGAACUGAAGCGGGAGUGGAAAUUUGUCAGUGAAGAACUUCCCGUUCAUGAUUCUCAUGGGACUUGGAAGCACCAGGAGAUGCCCCUUCAGUCCUGGAUGACAGACAUCGUCCUUUCAAUCCUAAUGCAUAUUGGAAACUCUAGGGUUUUUCAGAAAGCACAAAAAAAUAAGGAAUUGAUACAGACUGAAAUCCAAGAAAGACAUUCCUUCACAAAAGAAAUAAUUGCUUUGAAGAAUUUAUUUCAACAAACUACAACUUCUUUCCAAAAUAUGGCAUUACAGGACUACCCAGAAAAGGCAGAAGAGUUUGAGGAGCUUCAAAGCAUUCUUAGGAAAGGAAAGCUAAGUUUUGAGAAUAUUAUGGAAAAACUACGAAUCAAGUAUUCUGAAAUGUACACCAUAGUCCCUGCAGAGAUUGAAUACCAGGUGGAAGAAUGCAGAAAAGCCUUAGAAGACGUAGAUGAGAAGAUAAGCAACGACGUCUUGAAGAGCUCACCAUCAUGUGUAAUGAAUAGAAAAAUAGAAGACAUUAACAAUGGACUUCAUAAUGUUGAAAAGAUGUUGCAGCAGAAAAGCAAAAAUAUUGAGAAAGCUCAAGAAAUUCAAAAGAAAAUGUGGGAUGAGCUUGACCUCUGGCAUUCCAAGCUAAAUGAGCUGGAUUCUGAAGUUCACGACAUUGUUGAGCAGGACCCGGGACAGGCUCAAGAGUGGAUGGAUAACUUGAUGAUUCCUUUCCAGCAGUAUCAGCAAGUGUCACAGAGAGCAGAAUCUAGAACCUCGCAAUUAAAUAAGGCCACGCUAAAGAUGGAGGAAUAUAGCGAGCUCCUGAAGAGCACUGAGGCUUGGAUCGAAAGUACCAGUCGUUUGCUGGCCAAUCCUACUGACUAUGACUCUUCACGGAAACUGAGUCACCAUGCCAGCACCCUCCAGAUGGCUUUGGAAGACUCAGAACAGAAGCACAAUCUUUUACAUUCAAUCUUUGCUGAUCUAGAAGACUUGUCAGUAAUUUUUGAAACAGAUGAUUUAACACAGUCCAUACAAGAGUUAAGUAAUCAAGUAACAGCUUUACAACAAAAAAUAAUGGAAAGCCUUCCACAGAUUCAGCGAAUGGCCGAUGUCAUCCUUGAAAAUAUACGUCCCAUGAAGAAAACCAUUGCUGAGAUAGUGUCUUACGAAGUGGAACUGAGGUUACCCCAGACAGGAAUGAAACCUCUACCUGUAUUUCAGCGAACAAAUCAGCUUUUACAAGAUAUAAAGCUAUUGGAAAAUGUGACUCAAGAACAAAAUGAGUUACUAAAGGUAGUCAUAAAACAGACUAAUGAAUGUGAUGAAGAAAUAGAACAUUUGAAACAGAUCUUAAAUAAUUAUUCAGCUCAAUUCUCCCUUGAACAUAUGUCACCGGACCAAGCUGCCAACCUGCCGCAAGUCCAGGGAGAAAUCAAAGAUAUGGAAAAGCAGAUUCUGAGUUUGAACCAGAAAAAAGAAGACCUGUUGGUGGACUUGAAGGCCACUGUACUAAACCUUCACCAACAUUUAAAGCAAGAACAAGAAGAAGCAGAAAGAGAAAUGCUGUCAGCCAUAGCACCCGAGGAGGGGGGAGUGGCAGAGAGGGACGCUUCUGAGUGGAAGGUGAACAGAAGAGGCUCCAUGUCUUUCCUGGCAGCAGUCGAGGAAGAGGCAGAAGAAAGCUCUGUGAAGAGUGAAAGUGGAGACAAGAAAGCAGAGCCAUCUUCCCGGUCUUGGCCUGUACUGUGGAAGCAUGACAAGGACAUGGAGGAAGAUGGAGCAUCCUCGUCCUCUGGAACUAUCGUUCAGGAGGCAGAUGGGAAAAUAAGCACCUGUGAUAGUUCCAUGGCGCAAAUUCUUGUACCAGACUCACUAAGCACUGAGCAAGGCCCAGAAUUUUCUCUGCCCAACCAAUCAGAAGAGGGUGCCGCACCUCCUGUCACGGCUGCAGCUCUGGACUCUUCUGACGGGCAAGGAGCCUUUGAGGCCACGGUGGAGCAAAGUAGGCCCGAGCCUGCAGAAGUCCUCCAUGUCUGCAAGAGCCAGGUGGCCAAGCUGGAGCUGUGGCUGCAGCAAGCUAACGUGGCACUGGAGCCGGAAACAUUAAACGCAGACAUGCAGCAGGUGGUGGAACAAGAGCUGGUAGGGUGCCAGGCUAUGCUAACAGAGAUUGAGCGCAAGGUUGCCUGUCUGUUAGAGAAUUGCAAAGAUCAGGGCCUGGGAGAUAGUGGAGCCACUCAACAUGAGGCCGAAGCGCUUUCCGUGAAACUAAAAACUGUGAAGUGCAACUUGGAAAAAGUCCAGAUGAUGCUUCAGGAGAAAUACAGUGAGGAUCAGCAUCCUACCAUUCUAAAGAAACCUUCAGAGCAUCAGAAAGUACUCCAGCCAGUUAAUCUUUCCAAAUUGGAAUCCAUUGUAACUGAAAGGCCACAAUUCAGCAGACAAAAAGAUUUCCAACAGCAACAGGUUCUGGAGUUAAAACCAAUGGAACAGAAAGAUUUAAUCAAAUUCAUAGAAUUUAAUGCUAAGAAAAGGUGGCCCAAGUAUUGCCAACAUGAUAAAGAUACAACUCAGGAAUCAUCUGUAAGCAACCAGGCAUCUAGCCCAGAAAAUGAUGUUCCAGACUCGGUUUUGUCACCCCAGGGCCAGACUGGAGACAAAUGGCAGUAUCUACAUCAUGAACUGUCAUCAAAGAUACGGCUACCUUUGCCUCAGCUUGUGGAGCCUCAGGUUGCCACAAAUAAGAGUAUUCUACCCAGUGUGAGCAUGUAUAACUUUAGAUACCCAACAACUGAAGAACUGAAAACCUACACCACCCAACUUGAAGACCUGCGCCAAGAAGCAAAUAACCUUCGGAUGCAGGAAACCAUGACAGAAGAAACAUAUAUAAAUUUGGAUAAAAAAUUAUUUGAACUAUUUCUGACCCUCAGUCAGUGCCUCAGUAGUGUGGAGGAGAUGCUACAGACACCAGGGCUCUUGAAGGAGGAUGUUUCUGCCCAGCAGGUGCACUACGAGACACUGGCUCUUGAGUUGAAGAAACUUUAUUUAGCUAUGAGUGACAAGAAGGCUGAUCUUUUGAAAGCCAUAACUUGGCCUGGCAAGAACACCAACUUGCUCCGUGAAUGUUUUGACAAUCUCCAAGUCUGCCUGGAACACACUCAGGCUACAGCUGCCUCUAGAAGCAAGUCCCUGAAAGCCGGCCUCGACUAUAACCACAGUUAUCAGAAUGAAAUAAAGCGAUUGUAUGAUCAACUCAUUAAGAAUAAGACAUCUUUACAACAGUCGUUGAAUGAAAUCAGUGGCCAGAGUAUUGGCGAACAGCUUCAGAAAGCAGAUGCACAUACAGUGGAGCUGCAGAACUCCGAGAGCCGAGUAGCCAAACUAAGAGACGAAGGGGAGAGACUUCAUUUACCUUAUGUUUUACUCCAGGAGGUUUACAAAUUAGAGGACGUACUUGACAGCAUGUGGGGAAUCCUGGGAGCCAGGUACACGGAACUCAGCAGCCCUUUCAUCACUGAGAAGCAGCAAGAUGCCCUGCUGCAGGGCAUGGUGGAACUAGUUAACAUCGGGAAGGAAAAGCUUGUUCAGGACCAUUUACAGCAAACCAAAAGUAAAGUUGCUUUACAGGCUCAAAUAGAAAAUCACAAGGUUUUUUUUCAGAAGCUUGUUGCUGACAUGUUGUUGAUCCAAACAUACUCUGCCAAAAUGUUUCCUUCUUUAUUGCAAAAGAGAGAGACAUUUUGGGCAGAACAAGUAGCAGAAGUUAAAUUACUAGAAGAAAAGUCACGCCAACGUGGCGUGAAGCUGCAGAGUUGGUUGCAGAAAUGGGAAGAAUUUGAUGAAAACUAUGCGUCUCUUGAAAAGGACCUGGAGAUUCUUGUAUCUACAUUGCCCUCUGUGAGUUUGGUGGAAGAGACAGAGGAAAGAUUACUGGAAAGGAUUUCAUUUUACCAGCAAAUAAAAAGAAACAUUCGUGGAAAGCAUGCCCGGCUUUGCCAAACUCUGAAUGAGGGCAAACAGCUGGUGGCGUCUGUGAGCUGUCCUGAAUUAGAGGGCCAGAUUGCAAAACUGGAAGAGGAGUGGUUGUCCCUGAACAAGAAAAUUGACCACGAACUCCACAGACUGCAGACACUUCUCAAGCAUCUGCUCAGUUAUAACAGGGAUUCAGAUGAGUUAACCAAGUGGUUGGAAUCGUCUCAGCAAACUCUGAAUUACUGGAAAGAACAGUCCCUCAAUGUGUCUCAGGACUUGGAUACAAUCAGAAGCAACAUAAAUAAUUUCUUUGAGUUUUCAAAAGAAGUUGAUGAAAAGUCCUCCUUGAAGACUGCCGUUAUAAGUACUGGGAACCAACUUCUUCACCUUAAAGAAGCUGAUACAGCUACACUGAGAGCAUCUUUAGCACAGUUUGAACAAAAAUGGACAAUGCUCAUUACUCAACUUCCAGAUAUUCAAGAAAAACUUCACCAGCUUCAGAUGGAGAAAUUGCCAUCUCGUGAAGCAAUCACAGAAAUGAUUAGCUGGAUGAACAAUGUGGAGCAUCAAACUGCAGAUGAGGACUCUGCCCGUCCACCAGGUUCUGUGUCUGAAGUUAAAAAUCUUCUACAGAAGCACAAGGAGUUUAGAAUGGAAAUGGACUAUAAACAGUGGAUAGUUGACUUUGUUAACCAGUCACUACUUCAGUUAAGCACCUGUGAUGUAGAAAGCAAGCGCUAUGAAAGAACGGAGUUUGCAGAGCACCUGGGGGAGAUGAACCACCAGUGGCACCGGGUACAAGGAACACUAAACAGAAAGAUACAACAUUUAGAGCAACUUUUGGAGAGUAUCACUGAGAAUGAGAACAAGAUACAGAUUUUGAACAACUGGAUGGAAGUGCAAGAAGAGAGGCUGAAAAUGUUACAAAAACCUGAAAGUGUGAUCUCGGUCCAGAAGCUGCUCCUGGACUGUCAGGAUGUAGAAAAUCAACUUGCAAUUAAAUCCAAAACACUGGAUGAGUUGAGACAAAGUUAUCUGACGUUGGAGAGUGCAGCAGUGCCUUUGUUAGAAGAUACAGCAUCCAGAAUUGAUGAGUUAUUUCAAAAGAAGAACAGUGUUGUCAGUCAGGUCAAUCAGCUCAAAACCUCCGUGCAGCCAGCCUUGCAGGAGUGGAAGAUCUAUGAUAAACUCUAUGAUGAAGUGAAUAUGAUGACAAUCCGAUUUGGGUACGGCGUGGAACACAGCAAGCCCCUGGUGUUAUCCUUGGAGGCCCUGAGAUACCAGGUGCAGAACCUUCAGUCGCUGCAAGAUGAAGCUGAGAGCAGUGAAGGGAGUUGGGAGAAACUCCGGGAGGUUAUUGGCAAACUCAAAGGUCUCUGCCCCUCCGUUGCUGAAAUAAUAGAAGAGAAAUGCCAAGAUACUCAUACAAGGUGGACCCAGGUAAACCAAGACAUCGCAGACGAGUUGCAGAAGGCCCAGAGUCUGCUCCAGCUCUGGAAGGCCUAUAACAGUGCCCAUGCUGAAGCCGAAGCAAGGCUGAAGCAACAGGAAGCAAAGUUUCAACAGCUCGCAAACAUCAACAUGUCUGGAAACAACCUGGCAGAGAUCCUUCCACCGGCCCUGCAGGACAUAAAGGAGCUGCAGCGUGACGUGCAGAAGACAAAAGAAGCCUUUCUCCAAAAUUCUCCUCUUCUGGAACGACUCCCACAGCCCACAGAAUCCAGCACACACAUGCUCCUCCCUGGUCACCUGCACUCCCUCCAGAGGGCUGCUUAUUUGGAAAAGAUGCUGCUUGUGAAAGCAGAUGAGUUUGAGUUUGUUCUCUCACAGUUUAAGGAUUUUGGGGACCGGCUGGAAUCUUUAAAAGGUCUUAUUAUGCAUGAAGAAGAGAAUUUGGAUAGUCUCUACCAGCAACAAAAAGAAGAAAAUCCUGACUCAUUCCUGAAUCAUGUGCUGGCACUGACAGCCCAAUCACCUGAUAUCGAACAUUUGAAUGAAGUAAGCCUCAAGCUCCCGCUGACUGACAUAGCUGUAAAGACAUUACAAAAUAUGAACCGGCAGUGGAUUCGGGCCACAGCCACAGCUCUGGAGCAUUUCAGUGAGCUUCAGGGAAUUGGAUUGAAUGAAAAGUUUCUUCAUUAUUGUGAAAAGUGGGUCCAACUUUUGGAGAAGAUGGAAGAGAUGCUCAAAGUGAAUAUUGCCGACAGUCUUCCAGCUCUCCUGGAACAGCAGAAAACCUAUGAGAUGUUAGAAGCUGAAGUUUCUGUAAACCAAACAAUUGCUGAUUCUUAUGUCACCCAGUCCUUACAACUCCUGGACACACCAGAAACAGAGAUGAGACCAGAAUUUGUUUCAGAAUUCUCAAAGCUCACAGACCGGUGGCAGAGCGCUGCCCGGGGCGUUCGGCAGAGGAAGGGCGACAUCGAUGAGCUGGUGAGGCGGUGGCAGUACUUCACCACUUCCGUGGAGGACUUGCUCCGCUUCCUCGCCGACACCAGCCACCUGCUCUCUGCAGUGAAGGGCCAGGAUCGCCAUAGCCUCUACCAAACCAGAAGUCUCAUCCAUGAGCUGAAGAAUAAAGAAAUCCAUUUUCAGAGAUGGCAGACUACCUAUUCACUAACCUUGGAAACUGGGGAAAAGUUACUGCACACAACUAACCUGGAAACUAAAGAGUCAGUUCACGAGAGAAUCAGUCAACUUCAAGACAACUGGAAGGACACAAAGCUCCAACUAGCAGAGAUGAUUAAGCAAUUUCAGAGCACUGCAGAGACCUGGGACCAGUGUGAAAAGAAAAUUAAGGAGUUGAAAAGCAAGCUUCAAGUUUUAAAGGCACGAAGUAAAAAUCCUCUUCCGGAACUUCAUGAGGACCUCCAUAAUGAAAAAGAGCUGAUUAAGGAACUAGAGAAGUCUUUGGCUAACUGGACUCAGAACUUGAAAGAACUUCAGACUAUGAAGGCAGACUUAACCCGGCACAUUCUUGUGGAGGACGUGAUGGUUUUGAAGGAGCAGACAGAGCAUUUGCACAGACAAUGGGAGGACCUCUGCUUAAGAGUGGCCAUACGCAAACAGGAGAUCGAAGACAGACUCAACUCGUGGAUCGUAUUCAAUGAAAAAAAUAAAGAGUUGUGUGCAUGGCUGGUGCAGAUGGAGAACAAAGUUCUACAGACAGUGGAUAUUAGCAUCGAAGAAAUGAUUGAAAAGUUACAGAAGGACUGCAUGGAAGAGAUAAACUUGUUUAGUGAAAAUAAGUUACAGUUAAAGCAGAUGGGUGACCAGUUGAUCAAGGCCAGCAACAAAACAAGAGCUUCUGAGAUCGACGACAAGCUCAACAAAAUCAACGAUCGCUGGCAACAUCUAUUUGAUGUCAUUGGAUCAAGGGUGAAGAAGCUGAAGGAGACCUUUGCUUUUAUUCAGCAGUUGGACAAAAACAUGAGCAACCUUCGUACCUGGCUGGCUCGAAUUGAGUCCGAGCUUUCCAAGCCUGUGGUUUACGACGUCUGUGACGAUCAGGAGAUCCAGAAGAGGCUGGCCGAGCAGCAGGAUCUGCAGCGAGAUAUUGAACAACACAGUGCAGGGGUGGAGUCUGUGUUUAACAUCUGUGACGUCCUGUUGCACGACUCCGACGCUUGUGCAAAUGAGACCGAGUGUGACUCCAUCCAGCAGACCACCAGAAGCCUGGACAGACGCUGGAGGAACAUCUGUGCCAUGUCCAUGGAGCGGCGCAUGAAGAUCGAGGAGACGUGGCGCCUGUGGCAGAAGUUUUUAGAUGACUAUUCCCGCUUCGAGGACUGGCUCAAGUCGGCCGAGAGGACGGCGGCCUGCCCCCACUCCUCAGAGGUGCUGUACACGAGCGCCAAAGAGGAGCUGAAGAGGUUCGAGGCCUUUCAGCGGCAGAUCCACGAGCGGCUCACGCAGCUGGAGCUCAUCAACAAGCAGUACCGGCGGCUGGCGCGGGAGAACCGCACGGACACGGCCAGCAGGCUGAAGCAGAUGGUCCACGAGGGCAACCAGCGCUGGGACAACCUCCAGAGGCGGGUCACGGCCAUCCUGCGGAGACUCAGACAUUUCACCAACCAGAGGGAAGAGUUCGAGGGGACCCGGGAGAGCAUCCUGGUGUGGCUCACAGAGAUGGACCUGCAGCUAACCAACGUGGAGCACUUCUCGGAGAGCGACGCUGAUGAUAAGAUGCGCCAACUGAACGGCUUCCAACAGGAGAUUACAUUAAACACCAACAAGAUUGAUCAGCUCAUCGUGUUUGGGGAGCAGCUGAUUCAGAAGAGCGAGCCCCUGGACGCCGUGCUGAUCGAAGACGAGUUGGAGGAGCUGCACCGGUAUUGCCAAGAGGUGUUCGGCAGGGUCUCGCGGUUCCACCGGCGGCUGACCUCCCACCCCGCGGGCUUGGAAGAUGAAAAGGAGGCUUCUGAGAAUGAAACGGACAUGGAAGACCCCAGGGAGCUCCAGACCGACUCCUGGCAUAAAAGCGGAGAGAGUGAGGAGCCCGCGUCGCCUCAGUCCCUCUGUCAUCUGGUGCCGCCAGCACCGGGGCACGAGCGGUCUGGCUGCGAGACCCCCGUCAGCGUGGACUCCAUCCCUCUGGAGUGGGAUCACACAGGUGACGUGGGGGGCUCCUCCUCUCACGAAGAAGACGAGGAGGGCCCGUACUACAGUGCACUGUCAGAUGUAGAAAUCCCUGAAAAUCCUGAGGCAUAUCUUAAAAUGACCACAAAAACUUUGAAAGCGUCUUCUGGUAAAUCCAUUUCUGAUGGCCACUCGUGGCAUGUUCCUGACAGCCCUUCCUGUCCCAAGCAUCACUACAAACAAAUGGAAGGUGACAGGGAUGGACCACCCAUCCCCUCAGAUUCCAGCACCCCUUAUAAACCACCCUAUGUAAAGCUGCUGUUACCUCCAGGCAAAGAAGGCCCAAGAGUCUUGAAUGGCAGCCCACAGCAGGAAGAGGAGAGACUGGCUGGCGGAACAGGACAGCAGUCAGGGGACUUUGACAGAUGGGAACUGAUUCAAGCACAAGAACUUCACAGUAAAUUCAGAACAAAACCAAACUUGCAGCAGCUGAACUCUGAUAUCAGUGACAUCACCACUUGGCUGAAAAAAACUGAAGCAGAGCUGGAAAUGUUAAAGAUGGCAAAGCCCCCCUCUGAUAUCCAGGAAAUGGGACUCAGAGUGAAGAGACUGCAGGAGAUAUUAAAAGCCUUUGACACCUACAAGGCGUUAGUGGUCUCUGCCAACGUGAGCAGCAAGGAAUUUCUGCAGACUGAGAGCGCCGAAUCCACAGAGCUCCAAAGUCGACUCCACCAGCUGAGCCAGUGCUGGGACGCGGCACAGGGCGCGGUGGACAGCUGGAGAGAGGGCCUACGGCAGUCGCUCAUGCAGUGCCAGGACUUCCACCAGUUGAGUCAAAGUCUGCUACUGUGGUUAGCAAGUGCUGAGAACCGGAGGCAGAAGGCUCAUGUCACUGACCCAAAGGCAGACCCCCAGGCUCUCCUGGAGUGUCAGAAGGAACUCACGCAACUGGAAAAGGAGCUAGUGGAGCGUCAACUGCAAGUAGACUCCUUACAGGAGAUUUCAAACAGCCUUCUUAUUAAGGGGCAAGGAGAAGACUAUAUUGAGGCUGAAGAGAAGGUCCACGUUAUUGAGAAGAAACUCAAACAGUUACUGGAACAAGUGUCCCAAGAUUUAAUGUCCUUGCAGGGAAGCCAGAACCCAGACCCAUCUCUGCCCGGCUUAGACGAGGUGGACGCGGGGGACCAGCCUCCAGCAGCAUCCGUGCCAGCUCCCCACGCGAAGCAAUUCAGGGCGGAGAGAACUACAGAAGGCGAGGAGGAGGCAGAGAGCAGGGUGCCCGGCGGGGCGCGGCCACAGCGCUCCUUCCUCUCCCGGGUGAUCAGGGCGGCACUGCCCCUGCAGCUGCUGCUCCUGCUGCUGCUGCUCCUGGCCUGCCUGCUGCCCUCCUCCGAAGAAGACUACAGCUGCACUCAGGCCAACAACUUCGCCCGGUCCUUUUACCCCAUGCUGAGGUACACCAACGGGCCGCCCCCCACAUAGAGGGCUGAGCCGGCCGCAGCGCCACACCACCAGCCUGACUGCCUCGGGUGCCCAGCUCGUGGCCCCAGACCAGUCUAUGAGUGACUCUCAGCGUUGGCAAGGUCCAGGGACCUGCUGCACACGCCUCCUUCUGGGCUUGUCCCUCCGGAGCCCACGGCAGCUUUCAAAUGAAGUUCCUCGCCAGGGGGGCAGGGGACCUGGGCCGCAGUCACCCCGGGCAUUCUGGCAAAGCUAGUUGAUUGGUUUAGGGAUCUCUGGAAAUGACAGUUUCCUGAAGAUCCAAGCACUUUGUGAUUUAUUUGUAAAGCAGCGUUAUUAUGAUGUAGUUAUUAUGGUCAAUGAGCAGUUGUGUUCAUGGCAUACUAUAUAUUAUAGACCCAGGCAAGCAGGUUUCACCUUAGAAAUGGUCCAGCACCUCAUACGCACCCUUAGCUGAUUGAUCGAAACAAUCAUAUUGAGAAUCAGUUUUUUACUCUGAUCAGCUAGCAAUUUUCAGCUAUAGGUUAUAAACCAAAAUGUUCUGUUCAGUACCUAGGUCUGCUCUUUUAUACUGCUUUAAAUUUUUAAAGAAAUUCUAUUGCAUGGAUGUGGUUAUUUGUGCAUAUUUUUUAACAAUGCUGACUCUGUAUGAAUAAUGUAAACUUUGAUUUUUUUAAAGAAAAAAAUCAGAUUUUAGCCUGAGCUUUUGACUAAUGUACAGUAAAUGCCAAACUACAGAUUGAUAGGGAUGUUUUUGUAAGUUAAUUUUCUAAGACUUUUUCACAUUUAAAGUGCUGCUUCAGGUUUUGUUUAGGUCUUUGGCCACGGGGAAUUGGUCCAGAAACUUGAAGCUGUUUUGUGGUAUGUACAACGCAAAUGUUUCUCAUUAAAAAACAAAAUUAGCCA